UUUAGAAGAAAAAAUAUGUAUAUUUUUUUUUUAGAGAUAAAAUGUCGUCUUAACUCUAAGCUUGACACAUUACCUCUGGAUAUAUCAGAUUCUCGAUGUAAACAUUACCGCGAGGUCUGCGCAUGGAGAGCCCGUUUUUUUUUUUCCUGACUGCACCUGAAGGCAGCAGCGUAUGAGCUAAUCGGGUAGCGAAGGGAGUCUGUAGCCGCAGCGUGGAUAUGUCGGACCCGGCUACACAGGCCUUACAGCCCCGGCUUCACCAAGCCCAGUCGAGUGGCUCAGCGGGGUCCGGUGCUGUCGCAGCAGGCUCCGGCACAGGGAACAGCGACCCGGUUAGACCGGGACUGAGCCAGCAGCAGCGUGCGAGCCAGAAGAAAGCCCAGGUCCGAGCUUUCCCACGGGCGAAGAAGCUCGAGAAACUUGGCGUAUUUUCCGCGUGCAAGGCCAUUGACACAUGCAAGUGCAAUGGAUGGAAAAACCCGAACCCCCCCUCAGCUACACGGAUGGAUCUGCAGCAGCAAGCAGCCAGCCUGAGCGAGCCCUGCCGCAGCUGUGGACAUGCACUGGCUGAUCACGUGUCCCAUCUGGAGAACGUGUCCGAGGAUGAGAUUAACAGGCUGCUUGGAAUGGUGGUGGACGUGGAGAACCUGUUCAUGUCUGUACACAAAGAGGAGGACACUGAUACCAAGCAAGUGUACUUCUACCUUUUCAAGCUACUGAGGAAAUGCAUCCUACAGAUGAGUCAGCCUGUUGUAGAGGGAUCCCUCGGAAGCCCUCCCUUUGAAAGGCCCAACAUCGAGCAGGGCGUCUUGAAUUUUGUACAGUAUAAGUUCAGCCACCUGGCCCCAAAGGAGAGACAGACCAUGUUUGAACUAUCGAAGAUGUUUCUUAUCUGUCUGAAUUACUGGAAGCUCGAGACUCCCACGCAGUACCGUCAGCGAACCCAGAAAGACGAAGCAACAGCGUACAAGUUGGACUACACCAGGUGGUUGUGCUACUGCCACGUCCCGCAAAGCAACGACAGCCUGCCGCGCUACGAGACCACCCAGGUGUUUGGCCGCAACUUGCUCAAGUCCAUCUUUACCGUUACUCGCCGCCAGCUGCUGGAGAAGUUCAGAGUGGAGAAGGACAAGCUGCUGCCAGAGAAACGCACACUUAUCCUUACGCACUUUCCCAAGUUCCUGUCGAUGCUGGAAGAAGAAAUCUACGGUGAAAAUUCACCCAUAUGGGAGGCGGACUUCACCAUGCCGGCCUCAGACAGCACGCAGAUUGGACAUCAGACAGUGAUCAGUCCUGCUUCGGUGUCCGGGUCUCCUGCGUUGUCCAAAUGUCUGAACAGCACCUCCUCUCUGGGCAGCACCGACAUGGGAGGCGCAGAGCCUAACGCAGGGGACAAGCGCAAACUUCCAGAGGCCCUGACGCUGGAGGAUGCCAAGAGGAUCCGUGUGAUGGGGGACAUUCCUAUGGAGCUGGUGAACGAAGUCAUGAUGACGAUCACCGAUCCUGCUGCUAUGCUCGGACCGGAGACAAAUCUGCUGACGCCCAACGCUGCCCGUGACGAGACCGCCAGGCUGGAGGAGAGACGAGGCAUCAUAGAGUUCCACGUCAUUGGAAACUCCCUUUCCCAGAAGUCCAACAAGAAGAUCCUGAUGUGGCUGGUCGGCCUUCAGAACGUGUUUUCCCAUCAGUUACCUCGCAUGCCCAAAGAGUACAUCACACGGCUGGUGUUUGACCCGAAGCACAAAACCUUAGCCCUCAUUAAAGAUGGCCGCGUCAUUGGAGGCAUCUGUUUUAGGAUGUUUCCCACUCAGGGCUUCACAGAGAUCGUCUUCUGUGCUGUCACCUCCAACGAGCAAGUCAAGGGCUACGGCACCCACCUGAUGAACCACCUGAAGGAGUACCACAUUAAACACAACAUCCUUUAUUUCCUCACUUAUGCUGAUGAGUAUGCCAUUGGCUACUUCAAAAAGCAGGGGUUUUCCAAAGAUAUUAAAGUGCCCAAGAGUCGAUACCUGGGGUACAUCAAAGACUACGAAGGAGCAACCCUGAUGGAGUGUGAACUAAAUCCCAGAAUCCCCUACACGGAGCUGUCUCACAUCAUUAAAAGACAGAAGGAGAUUAUAAAGAAGCUGAUUGAGAGAAAACAGAGUCAGAUCAGAAAAGUUUACCCAGGUCUCACCUGCUUCAAAGAGGGGGUACGACAGAUUCCAGUGGAGAGCAUCCCUGGGAUAAGAGAGACAGGCUGGAAACCCAGUAACAAAGACAAAGGGAAAGAGGUGAAGGACCCCGAUGUGCUGUACAACAUGCUGAAGAACCUCCUGGCACAAAUAAAGACUCAUCCUGAUGCUUGGCCCUUCAUGGAACCAGUGAAGAAAUCUGAAGCUCCUGAUUACUACGAAGUCAUCCGCUUCCCUAUCGACCUGAAGACCAUGACAGAGAAACUCAAGAACAGAUACUAUGUGACCAAGAAGCUCUUCAUUGCGGACCUUCAGCGAAUCAUCAGCAACUGUCGCGAGUACAACCCUCCGGACAGCGAGUACUGCAAGUGUGCCAACACCCUGGAGAAGUUCUUCUACUUCAAAUUAAAAGAUGGAGGCCUGAUAGAGAAAUGAACUUGGGCUCGUGUGGAGAAAAAAAAAUAUUGCCAGCUAUUGACACAUUUGGGUUAAAAAAAAAAAAGGUAUGAAUACGAUACGUUUUCCCAGAGAGUUGUGGGACUUGAGCAAAGAAAGGCAUCGGAGUCGGCUGAGCAUUAAACGUGUCAAACUGACAUCUUCUUCAAGUCAUCUUCUGACAUUUCCCAGAACUCAGUGAGAGAAUAAUCUGAAUUAUUCAUGCCUCACUGAGCGUACCAAAGUUUUCCAGGUCCAAGAAUUUGAAACUGCUUCUGUUCUCGGUGUUAUCUACUGAUUCAUAUUUAUUGUCAUCGGUGAUGAUUUAGUUGCAUACAACAAGUCACGGGAGCCAGUGUGCGUGUUAGAAAACUGGACUUCGGGACCUAAAGCCAUGUUGCCUUCUGUUACUGAAAGACACUUGAACAUCCAUGCUAGUUUCACGGGUGUGAAGAUAGCCUUUCUCAGAGGGUUUGUUUGGAGAGGGGGAAAAGUGCUUAGCUCAAAAUACUGAGUUCACUUGAAUCAGUCAUUAAUUGAGAAAUGUAUAUAGUUGCUACUUGGUUAUAAUGUGAAAAAAAAAGUUGUUUUUCCCCUUCUCAAAUCCUGGCGGUUAUUUUUCUUUUGAUUAUAGAGGAACAAUUUUUUGUCAUCAGUUAGAAAAACAUCUUUUUUUUUUUUUUUAAUGGAUUGUUUACUCUAGACAAAUGAAUCCACCUCCGAAGAGAAAUUACGUGUUUGUCUGCACUUCCGAACCUCACUAACCCAUAGAUUUGGCUUCAGACGCUUCCUGUGCCAAACUAAGCAGUUCCCAGAAUGCAAAUGUCUUCAUGAUCGCACUUUCAUAUUAUAUAAAAACAAACAACAAAAAAAAACUCUCCAAACAUCGUUCCAUCUGCAAGGUUUUGUACCAGAUACAAGGUCUCGUUUGGCUUAGCUUUAAAGAUGCCUGCAUUGGGGAACCGCAGGCGUCGGCACAGACUAGUUUUUAUGUACUGUCAGUUCUCACUAACACGCUAUAAAUAGUUUUGUUUUUUUUGUUUUUUCUGCAUACAGCCAGUUUUUUUUGUUGGUGAUAUAUUCACUAGAUCGUUGAUAUGAAGAUGCAAACAUAGUGGGGAGAAGCCAACCAGUAAGACUUGAGCAUUCAGGCUUUAGGGAAAAAGACUUUUUGGUUUACUUCUCACGUCAUAUUGACUGCGCACAACCCAUAGUAGAUGCUAGUGCAUAACAGUUUACGUUUUUCAUUUUAUUUUAUUUUUUUAUUGACCUUUUUGUUUUUGCUGUUUAUGCGUUUUGCUAUCCACUCGUUUUCCUUUUAAAUUAUCGGUCAGUGUCAAAGUGCUUCCUGAGAUGCAUCCAGUCUUUCGGGGGAGUAAAAUGUCAAAUGCUGACUGAUACAGCUUGUUGAAUGUUUCAUUGACACUGUGUGUAUGUGUGUAAUAAUAAUCUUUUUAUUUUGUACUUGAAUGACUUAAGAGCUUUGUUGAAGUGAUGUCAGUGCUGCAUUAUUCAGGGUUUUCAAUAACGCGUCUCACCUUAAAUCCACCUGUGCUGCAUUUCAAUCUCUUAGAAAAAGCUUCAGUCGGAGUGAAGCUUUGGGCUGUUGAGAUGAAUGCCAUUUACUGUAAAACUGUUCAUGACAAUAAAUACUUCUUUUUUUAUAUA